AUGUGUCAGUUGGAGGUGGCAGGAGCCAGUCUGGGCCUGAACAGUCCUGACCCGCUGGUGAGAGAAGCUUUUUUGAUGGCCCAUGACUAUGUAGACUAUGUAACCACAGGGGGGGCAGAUGGCACCUUGGGUCCUGCCCCUACAGCUUGCACCACAGCCCUGCGCCACGCCGGAGAUGAGCUCCUCACCCGCUUCCCCAUCUUCUUCAGACGCUGGCCUCGUGUCUUCCAGGAUGUCACUGAGAACACGGCCUGCCCCACGCUCAUAAGCAUCCUGGACGAGCACUUCUUUGCACCCGUCCCUGGGGGACGGCGCAGGGAAUUGGCCUGGAGCGCGGUGCUAUCAGUGUAUGUGCUGGCUGGCCAGAUGGCUCUACAUUGCCAGGACAGGGGCAUGGUGCUGGUCCUACCACGGCUGAAGGAGUGUGUGGGGUCCUAUGUGGAAAGAGUCAUCUGCCCUGAGAUACGAGAUAAGGGAGGAUGGAGUGGUUUUGUGUCACGCUUUGGAGAGAAGCAAGGCUUGGAGGCCAGAGUGAAGAAAGUAUGCUGCUGGACACUGCUGUUAUUGACCAUAAGCAUUCUCACAUAUUUCUUGUGGAAAAGAAUGGCUUAGCCAACACUGCCACCUAGUGAGCACAACCAGAAACUUUCCAAAGGUUAUUCAUUUAUACAAUAUGACUUACAUAUGUUGACAGAUUUUACAGUACAUCUUACUCUGUAUAAGCUUAUCAGUCAAUAAAAAUAUC